AGAGCUGAUAGCAUCGUCAGUUAGCACAGUGAGUCAGAGCUGCAGAGUGAACUAGUCCUUCAGCUGUACAAUAUUCACGCCAGGUCAGGUAAAACUGCAGUGGGAGUAGUGCAGUUGUGGCAUCUGUCUCUUUCGUGAGAGACAAUGUUCUAGAGUCUCGUGGUGGCUGCCUGGUCUCUACAAUGAACAAUGAAGAUGAGUUCUAUGAUGCCAUCACAGGCUUGGAUUCAGACGAGUCGUGUGAGGGCACUUCAGAGGCCAGUUUUAAAGAUGCUGUAGUGGAUGCCGGUGCCAAGAAGAGGAAUGGUACUGUGCCACAGGAGAAUGGAAUCAAAAAGCACAGGUCAGCACUUCCUGCUCCUAUGUUCUCCAGAAAUAAUUUCAGCAUAUGGAGCAUUCUAAAGAAAUGUAUUGGACUGGAGUUGUCCAAAAUCACCAUGCCCAUUGUGUUCAAUGAACCACUGAGCUUUCUUCAGAGAAUCAGCGAGUACAUGGAGCACACGUACCUUAUCCACAAGGCCUGUGCAGAGUCUGACUCCAUAGAAAGGAUGCAGGCUGUAGCUGCCUUUGCUGUGUCUGCUGUGGCCUCUCAGUGGGACAGGACUGGAAAGCCUUUUAACCCCCUCUUAGGGGAGACUUAUGAGCUUACAAGAGAAAACCAGGGCUAUAGGUUGAUCUCAGAGCAGGUGAGUCACCACCCACCAAUCAGUGCAUUCCAUGCUGAGGGUCUAGCCGAGGACUUCCUGUUUCACGGUUCUAUAUACCCAAAGCUCAAGUUCUGGGGCAAGAGUGUGGAAGCAGAACCCAAAGGAACCAUCACAUUAGAACUCCUAAAGCACAAAGAGGCGUACACAUGGUCGAACCCUUUCUGUUGUGUACACAAUGUAAUUGUAGGAAAACUGUGGAUUGAGCAAUACGGCACAGUGGAGAUAUUGAACCACAGUACUGGAGAUAAGUGUGUGCUGAACUUUAAACCAUGUGGGAUGUUUGGCAAAGAGCUGCACAGAGUGGAGGGCUACAUACAGGACAAAAGCAAGAAGAAACACUGUGUAAUAUAUGGUAAAUGGACAGAAUGCAUUUGGAGUGUGGAUGCACAAGUUUACGACUCUUAUCGAAAAAAUGAUAAAAAAGGAGCAGCAGACACCAAGAAACAGAAGCCGGAAGAGGCAAAUAAUGCAGAGAAUGAUGAAGCAGAUGAUAUGCCGGAGUUACAGGAGACUGUGGCUGUUAUCCCUGGGAGCACUCUGUUAUGGAGGGUCUCCUCUAGACCACCUGAUUCAGCAGAGAUGUAUAACUUCACCAAUUUUGCUAUCACACUGAAUGAAUUAGAGCCUGCCAUGGAGGGACUUUUGGCUCCAACAGACUGCCGCCUACGGCCUGACAUCAGAGCCAUGGAGAAUGGGGACAUGGAUGAAGCCAGCAGAGAAAAGGAACGACUGGAGGAAAAGCAGAGAGCAGCCCGUAAAGAUAGGGCCAAGGAAAAUGAGGACUGGACCACUAGGUGGUUUGAGUUGGGAACAAAUCCAUACACAGGAGCACAGGACUGGCUCUAUACGGGAGGAUACUUUGAUAGGAAAUAUACAAAUUGUCCUGAUAUCUACUAAUGAGGGACCAGCAAUCACUUUCUGCCCUUCAUACCCAUAGCAUUUUUUUUUUUUACUGAACUUCAUAUCGUAAUAUAGUGUCCAUCUGAAACAGAUGUGGCAAUUCUAGCUGGUUUCCCAUCACUGCUCACUCAUCUAGAGAUUUGCAUUUCACUUUUUCAUUACUGUCGGUGGUUAGCAAGACAACCUGUGAUUUUAGUGCACUUUCACAUACACAGGUUCUGAAUUUCUAAAGUUAGUGGUAAAAGAAGAGGGCAAACUACAACACUUGGACUGAAUUUUAAUAGUUACGUUGCUGAUGUGAAAGCACUGGAGGUAACUACAUUUUUUGUAAAUAGCAAGAGAAGGGUACAGAUGCUAGCUAGGUUUCUAAGAAUUGCCAUUUCUUUGCCUUAAAACACUCAAUACCCUUACUACAUUUUGCUAAAUUUCACUUUAGCACUUUUGGAAAUAGAUUUAGUCUGUAAAUUUGCCCUUGGUCCACACUUAAAUGCAUGGUUUAACAACUUCAGUCUUCAACAUUGGAUAGCACUGAGCUGAGCUCACCUCAAGGUAGUCUAGAGUAAAUUCAAUUAUGCUGGUAACUACUACUAAUAAUGAACUGUGAUUAUUUAAUGUAUUGUGUCUGCACAUUCUGUGUGUUCAAUUUUGUUAAGCCCUACCUUUAUCACAUGUGCCCUUAAUAUUUUUAAAUCUUAAGAAAUAUUAAGAAAUGUUAAAUAUUUACAUUCCUUUUUUUCUUUGCAGAAUGUCAGAUAUGCUUCUUAAUAUGUUGCUAUGUCCCAUCAUUUAGUCAUUCCAAACACUGCAGUCUGUUAUGCCUUAAAAAGAUUAAUGUUGUUGUAUUAUAUAUCUGUCAUACGUUCUUUAGUGGUGAUUUGGUGUCAUUGUUUAAUACUGUUCUAUAAUGCUGCAUAUUUCUUAGACUUGCUGGUAUCCACAUAAGUCACUGUUGAUAUUAAAUAUUAUGGGUAACACUAUUCAUUGUUACUGACCCAUACUGCACAAAAUCUAUGCAACUUAUCAGAUUUUAAAUCAAAUUAUAUUAUCUUGCAAUUGUAUGGUAUCCAGUCUAUAAACACGUAUCAGUUUGUGAGUGUUGAGCUCCAGCAAAAUAUAUAAUUGCCCCUUUUCAGUAUUUGCAGUCUGUAGUAAUCAUCACCCCUUUUUAUUUUAAUCUGCUUUCAUUUCUAUCAUUUUUUUUUUGUGUGCUGACUGCUGGAACUCUAUAGCGUUCUCACUGCAUUAACAUCUGGGAGUCACAGUAAUGCUUUUUCUUUUCCCUUUUUUAAUUUUUUAAUUUUGUGCCUGAAUUUGUCAUUAAUAAUCGUGGAUUUUAUUAAUUUGUCCUUUAUUCAGUGUCAUUGGUGUUUUAAGAUUAAAGACCAUCCUUCAGUGUAGUUCCCCUCCACAGUUAAAUAGUCCUUAAAUUUGUAAAUGUGUGUGUAAAUGUCUUUACCCACACUGUGUAAUGUACCCAUGUACAGUCUAUUACACUACUUGAUUGUACUUGUUAAUUUACUUGCGUCUUCAUUUAAAUGUACCUUUAAUUAUAUGAGAACUAGCAAUAUAAAACUAAUGUGGAUUUUA